GUAUUCAUCGUUAUGAAGGCUGCGGCAAAAGAUACUCACCUCUAGUAGACAUGCCCGGGUCAUUAUAUGAAACCUCCAAUCUGGAUCGAGGCGGCAGCAACAGGAAGAAGAAGAUAGAGGAAUUCUCUAGGUCUUCUCGGGAGAAACUAGUCCAGUCGAAGAACAAAAUGUUCUCCAAAUUUACAUCCAUUCUCCAGCACGCCGUGGAAGCGCUUGCCCCAUCACUGCCCUUACAGGAGGAUUUUGUCUAUCACUGGAAAGCCAUUACACAUUAUUACAUUGAGACAUCUGAUGACAAAGCUCCAGUCACAGAUACCAACAUCCCAUCCCACCUGGAACAGAUGCUGGACAUCCUGACCCAGGAGGAAGGAGAAAGGGAGUCUGGAGAGACGGGACCCUGCAUGGAGUAUCUCCUACACCAUAAGAUCCUGGAGACUCUCUACACCUUGGGCAAGGCAGAUUGUCCUCCAGGGAUGAAGCAGCAGGUGCUUACCUUCUACACAAAGCUGCUAGCACACAUUCGUCAGCCUCUCCUGCCACACAUCAAUGUCCACAGACCUGUACAGAAACUGAUCCGUCUGUGUGGGGAGGUGUUGGCUGCUCCUACAGAAAAUGAAGAGAUUCAGUUCCUUUGUACAGUCUGUUCCAAACUGAAGCAGGAUCCAUACCUUGUCAACUUUUUCCUUGAGAACAAGUCAAAACGACUUGAGACGACGAGUCCUAAAAGAGCAGAGGGGGUGAAGGAGAACGUGCUGACUCCAGACACUGGUCAGGCUCCAGGGGAGGAACAGACCGACCGCCCAGCAGAACCACAGGCUGCAGCAGCUGCCUCUACCUCUAGUCCAACCACUAUCAACAACAACAGCAACAAUUACAAUUUGGUCACCUGCCUGCUCAACCUCACAAAGAGCCCUGAUGGUAGGAUAGUGGUGAAGGCAUGUGAAGGCCUGAUGCUGCUGGUCAGUUUACCAGAGCCUGCUGCUGCCAAGUGUUUGACUGAAAACACUGAGCUCUGCGAGCUUCUGACCGACAGACUGGUCUCAUUCUAUAAAGCCCUGCCACCGUCCAUGGACCCCCUGGACAUUGAGACAGUGGAAUCAGUCAACUGGGGCCUGGAUGUAUAUAACCUGAAGGAGGAUGCUGGUAUCUUCACAGGGAAGAGGGCUCUCAUCUCUUUUCUGUCCUGGCUAGAUUACUGCGAUCAGCUCAUCAAGGAGGCUCACAAGUCAGCAGCUGCAGUGAUGGCAAAGGCAGUGAGAGAAAGAUUCUUUGUGUCUGUGAUGGAGCCACAGCUCAUGCAGACGUCCGAGGUGGGCAUCCUGACCUCCACAGCCUUGCUGAACAGGAUCAUCAGGCAGGUGACUUCAGAGGCUCUGCUGCAGGAGAUGGUUUACUUCCUGCUGGGGGAGGACAGAGAGCCAGAGACUCCAGCUACUGUGGCUCAGAAUCCACUCAGACAUAGACUCAUCGAGCACUGUGACCACCUGUCAGACGAGAUCAGCAUCAUGACACUGCGGCUAUUUGAGCAACUAAUCCAGAAGCCCAACCAGCACAUCCUCCACAGCUUGGUGCUGCGCAGCCUGGAGGAGAGAAACUACCUGGAGAACAAACCACAGGAGGAGCGGGAGCCCUUGGAAAACGGCCAGCCCCAUGAUGCUGUAGACCUUGAAGAGGAUCCACUGUUUGGUGACGACCUUUCUCCGGACAGCAGGCUGCAUAGGUCCGAUUGGCUUGACUCCUCCCCGCCGCGGAGUCCUGACCACUCAAAGUCUGACGGGAAGACAGAAGUCCACAAGAUUGUCAACAGCUUCCUGUGUUUGGUGCCCGAUGAGGCCAAGUCGUCUUACCAUGUAGAAGGCACAGGCUACGACACCUACCUCAGAGAUGCACACAGACAGUUCAGGGAUUACUGUGGGGUCUGCCAGCAGUGGGACUGGAGGGGAAAUCCAAAGCCUUUGGAGAAGUGUAAUUUGGACAUCCCAUUCUUCGAGGGUCACUUCCUCAAGGUUCUCUUUGACAGGAUGGGUCGCAUCCUAGAUCAGCCCUACGAAGUCAACCUGCAGGUGACCGCAGUGCUGUCUAAGCUGUCCGUGUUACCACACCCCCACCUGCACGAGUACCUGCUGGAUCCUUACAUCAACCUGGCCCCUGGCUGCAGGUCUCUGUUCUCCGUCAUCGUCAGAGUGGUGGGAGAUCUCAUGUUGAGGAUUCACCGCAUCCCAGACUUCACCCCCAGACUGCGGCUCGUGAGGAAGAGAUUGUUAGGUUUAGAGCCAGAGGGCAUCAAUAUCGACCACAUGACACUGCUGGAGGGGGUGAUCGUGCUGGAGGAGUUCUGCAAAGAGCUGGCAGCCAUAGCUUUUGUUAAAUACCACGCAGCGGCGGCAUCCUCACCGUGAUCCCUCCGGCUGUUCAUCCAGCCACCUUGGCCAGGCAGACAGGUCAGAAUAAAACUGGGGUGUGGUUGUUCCGGUGGCACAGGGUCAGCAAAAUAUCACCACUAACUGCUCAUCCCUGCAAGACUGUUAAAGACCACAUGGACAGGUUUCACUGCUCUCCCUUUUAUGGCCUCUUGGACUCCACCAGAAAACUGUCUUUGAGCAGGUCAGAGCUCAGGCACUGCCUUGCCAGCAGAGGAGCAAGAGGACGAGAACAGAGGUGCAGAUGUUCACUGGUCUCUUCUCAGCCUCUUCAGGUUCUCUCACUGCCCCUCCUCCAUCUUUGCUUCUCACCAGGGUAAAGACGACAGGCCUGUAAUUAUUAUGUUAAGGAGAAAAGGAGGUGUGUGUAUUUAUCUUCUGUCCCAUUAUCACCCAUUUGUAAACAUCACUGCCUUAGUGUGGAAUCACACUUUUCAGUUAGAUAAUUGUUUCCUUUUGAAACAUUUUUAUCUUAACCCCAAACCUGUUGUCUGUUUGAAGACAAGAUGCUAUAGAGAAAAAAUGCCCACUACCUUGAGUCCUUGUAUGUACCUGUAGUUACAAUACGUCACUCGUCUUUUAAAAGCCAAGUCUUCUUAUUUAUUUCUUUGCUUUAAGGUUGCCUUUUAAACUAAAGAUAAAACAAAUGUAUAAUAGUCAUGACUGAACAGAUGCUGUUUACUUUGUCCUCAUUUUGUCUUUACGUACUUAAAGUACAAAGCUCAUCUGUAAUUACCAUCACCCAAAGAUGUCACCAUCCAUCAUGUUUUGUUAAAUGGUAAAUUUUGCAAGUUAUGUGAAUUUGCACAUAGAUGUCAUUGCUUUGCACUCGUUACAUUAAUCAGGUUUAUUCGUGCUUUUGUUGGUUGGCUUUUGAGAAAUGUCAAGUUGGCAUUUGUGGAAAGAGGCGUCUUGUUUGUGAUUCCGUGUGAGUUUUUGUUCUCCACACCCACUGUUUCCAGUAAUUGGUUUGCUUUAUUGAUGGGAGAGGAGCAAAAUUCCUGACUUUAUUGAACAGUGUCCACUAACUCCAGACAUACUGCAUCUUUUAGCUGUGGUUCCCCAACUAAGUCUCCCUGGAUGUAUAUAGUUACAGUUUUAAACUUCUGAGAUUUUUAUUUGAAGUGAUCCAGUAAUUCACAAGAAAAAGUAAAGAUUUCAAGAAAAUCUGAAAAGACAAACAUCAUCUUCUGAUCUUGUUAAUUAGCUCAUAGGCCUUUGGCAGGGCCCAGACCCCCAGUUUGGAAACCACUGGCUUACAGCAUCCUGAGAGCUCCGUGUUUCUCCAUAUGUUCUCAUCACUUCUUAUGAGGUUCUGUGUUUACUAACAGUAUUACUUUUUCAUCCUGAUCUUUAAUGACGAGUAAAUGUAUUCAUGGUGCUGUGUGUUGUUGGAACUGGGUGUCUGGUUGUCUAUUGCCUGGACAUCUGUGGAGGGUGUUGGUAACUUCCAGUCACCUCGCGGGUCAGUGAUUCAUUCAGAUGCUCCUUGAUAUGACUUCUGUUCUUAUCUUGUGUUCCAAGCGUGAAUGGGUCGAUUGGUUGACAUGUUUGAUAUUGAGUUAGUUUUGGUAUCGUCUCUGUUCUUGUUUUUGCCCUUCGUCUUCUAGUCCCACCUCGAACCCCUCACUUGAAUACCCAAGCCCCAUUAUGCAACUGCUUGCAUGGAAUCAGAUUUGCACAUUGUGUUUUCCUUGUUCAUACUGUAAAUAUACACAGCGAAAAGACUUUUUUGUUUCAUAAACCAAAAGUUCAGGCUGUACAUUUCUAUUUUAAUGGGAAAUGUUUUUUAAAUUGUCAAUCAUGCAUUUUUUAAUCAGCACCAACGUUUCCUGUACAGUUGUAUAUUGCAUGUCUACAAUAGCAAUAGAGAUAUGCUACCUGGUGUAAACGCAUGCUUGUACAUCAUUUUUCAUUGUCGAAGUGGAAAAAAAGGCAGUGCAGCCAUCUGUGACUAUUUCUUAGCUGUCAGCACUUUGUUGUUAGAAGACACUGACAGGGAGACAUGAUGCCUUACUUCUCACUGUGGAUCUCUGAGGACUCCUAGAAUCAGUGUCUAGGGAGUUUUCUGCUUCACUGCUGUUUGUUGUGAUCUUAUUAUGCUUCUGUCGCUUGUGUUCCAUUGACUUGGUUUGGUUUGUGAAGAUAUACAGGACUCUGUAGUCGAAAAUCUGAUACCAAAUGAUUUCUUUUCUUGUGUUGGCUUCAACCAGUCACUGUAUCAUGUUCGCUGCUUUCCUCCCUCUGCUGUGAAAUGACUUUCUCUCUUACUUCUGAGUCAUGGCCAGUUUGAUUCUGUGAUUGUGCAAUGGAUAAUUGAAACAUUAAGGUAAGGUGCAUGCUCGCUCCUCCUGCCUCCCAGUGCUUCUUAGAGAAAUCAGAAGCCAUCGCUUCAAGUCUCUUGUGGACUCAGGAGCAUUUAUGGUUCAUUUAUUCCUCAUCAGCCAUCUUCUGUUCAUCACUGCUGUUAUAGAGAUGUUAGGUUUCAUUCAGGACAGUAUAGUUUUAACCUGCUAUGGCCCUAUUAAAAAAGUUCUUCAGCGGGA